AUGGUCGAUUUGAAAAACCGGGAGAUUGCCAAUAGACCGUUAUGCAAAAACCGUAAACGAGUAGCCGAUGAUACAGAGGCCGUCUUUGGGUCGCAGGCCACGGCAGAGCCCUUAGAGAUAGGAGACUUCCAGCGUCGUGAGGAGGGCUGGAAGGAAGGAGGAAGGAAGGAGGAUUAG